AUGAUCGAUGCCAUUCUGGUGACUGGCCUCCCUGCCUCGGGGCGCUCCACCUUGCUGCUGCAGCUGCUGAAGGAUCCGGACCUGGCGGACGCGCGCUGUGCUGCCGGGAGACCCGGCGCUGGAGGGAAGAAAUGGAGAUUUGGCCGCUGCUUGUGCUGCUCUCCCGAAGGAGAUUUGUCUCGCUUGCUGAACGACCUGUGCAGUCGGCAAGAUGAGUUGAAAUUGACCCAUCUGCUGAUAGAGACGACUGGGGUGGCUGAUCCCGCUCCCUUCAUUAAGCUUUUUGACAAUGACAAAUACCGCCGGCAGUUCACCCUGCGCUGUGUGCUCAAUGUGGUGGACUUACUACACGUUCAGAGCAUCCUGGACGAGAACAAGGAUACUGGUGAUCAAUCUGCAGGAUCGCGGGGCCGGGUUCAGCUUCGUUGCUCCGACAUCUUGAUCUUGAAUCAUGCGGAUGAGCUAUCAGAGUCAUCGGUCGAAGCAACCAAGAGGAUGUUGCUGUCUGCGACGGAGGAAGCGUCAGCCCCAGAAAUCCUGGGCCCCUGCAGCUUUUGCAGCUUGGGGAAGACGUUGCUGUCAUCGAUUGCAGCUGUGGGCAACAGAUCGGAAAGGCGUGUGGCUCCCACCACCUGUGAAGCUCUUCCCAGGCCGUCGAUGUUUCA